CCCGGCCCCGCCCCGCCGCCGCCGCCGCCAUGGCGCUCGCGGAGGAGGCGCUGCGGAAGCGCCUGGGCAAGUAUAAGUUCAGAGAUCUGACCAUAGAAGAACUGAAGAACGUUAACAAGACCUACCCAAACUUCACAUUCUCCAUGAGCACAUACACCUUCAAGGAUGGAUCCCAGAAGGACCUCCUGAAUUUUAGUGGUACUAUUCCAGUGAAAUACGGCAAUUCCUAUAACAUACCUAUUCGUCUGUGGAUUCUGGAUUCUCAUCCCUUUGCUCCUCCGAUUUGCUUCCUGAAGCCGACUGCAAACAUGGGCAUUUCAGUGGGAAAGCAUGUUGAUGCUCAUGGCAGGAUUUAUUUGCCCUACCUGCAAAACUGGAACCAUCCUAAGUCAACUGUCAUUGGAUUAAUCAAGGAAAUGAUUGCAAAAUUUGAGGAAGAGCCUCCUUUGUAUUCACUGUCAUCUUCUGAUGCAGCCAGGCAAUCAGAACUUCUCUCCUACAUUGCCAAGAUAACUGAAGGAGAGACUGACAUGAAAUCUAAGAGUAAAAUUGAUGGAGGAGAAACUGAAGGAUGUUUUAACAAAAUUACUGUUGUUGGAGCUGGAGAACUUGGCAUUGCAUGUGCAUUAGCAGUUGCAGCAAAGGGUGCUGCAGACAAGGUGGUUCUUUUCGAUCCUUCCGAAGGUGCAGCAAAAGGAGGAACCAUGGACUUGGAGAUCUUUGCUCUGCCAAAUGUAGAGAUCAGCAAAGAUGUUUCCGAUUCAGCUGAUUCAAAAGUUGUGGUACUUACUGUAAAUUCUCUGGGUAAUGCUCAGACUUACCUUGAUGUCAUCCAAAGCAAUGUGGAUCUGUUCAGAGGAAUUAUCCCAGCAAUAUCACACUACAGUCAGAAUGCUGUUCUCCUUGUUGCUUCUCAUCCAGUUGAAGUAAUGACAUAUGUGUCAUGGAAGCUGAGUGCAUUUCCCCAAAGCAGAGUUAUUGGAGUAGGUGCCAACCUAGAUACAGAGAGAUUCCGGUAUAUACUGACAAACCUUUUGAAAGCACAGGUUCUGGCCAAAGAUGCCUGGAUUAUCGGUGAGCAUGGAGAAGACAAAGUACCAUCCUGGAGCAGCUGUAAUUUAGUUACAAAUCAAACAGAGGCAAUGGCUGCUCACAACUCAAGGGAAAAGGUGGCUAACAGAGCUAUGGAAGUUCUAAAGGGAAAAACUCAGAGAUCUUGGUCUGUUGGACUCUCAGUUGCUGAUCUAACCGACAGUAUACUGAAAGACAGAAGAAAGGUUCAUUCUGUAUCCACUCUGGCAAAGGGGUGUUGCAAUAUAAACAGUGAAGUAUUCUUAAGUCUCCCAUGUAUUCUUGGAACCAGCGGAGUGAUUGAAAUGUUCAAGCUUGAAGAAGAUCCACUAGUGCAAGAGAAACUGCAAAGCAGUGCAGGAUCAAUUCAUGACCUUCAGCAGCAACUGAAACUGUAAGCGAGCACGAGAGAAGCCGCAUUGUCUGCUCACAGAAGUCGGAUAUUUGCUGCUGGGCAGAAGAGCUCCUUUGGUAUAUAUGGGUUUCUAUUUUACUUUCAAAAAAUGCUUCUCAGUUUCGGUUUAUAUUAUCUAAUACUGCAUUGCACAGUAAUUUCCUGUUUGAAAUGUGCAGUUUUGGUAGUCCAAAUGAGGGUAGUAUGCAAGAAUGUUUUACCUAAAUGUAGGUGACUUUUGCCUGUGGUUUUUGUUACUAAUUACAUAGCCUCAUUCUUGGGCUCUUAGCUCUUCACACCUCCUUAGGACACAGUCCAGGAGAGGGCCUUACCUAGCUCUGUAGAAACUCCAGGGUGCAAAGCCCACUCUUCCUCCUUUUUUAAGUUUUUAAGUGCUUCACUGGGGGCUUUACAUCUAGAGUAUGGUCACACUCCAGCUUUUCAGGGCACUGGGGCUGCAGUUGGAUAGCUCUGUCUUUCCUGCCUGUAACACGUGCUCCUAUGUCAAUGAACUCCUGCUUAUUACUAAGGGGAAAAAAGCUAUAUUGCAUUGGCAAUAUCCUUCAGACCUAAAGCAUUGCAUAUGGUUUGUGGGGUUUCCAACCUCUUGAUUCUCUGCACUGGUAAAAGACUGUUUUCAUCCUGUUAUACCUCAACAUCAUAUUCCUGGAGAGGAGACAGGCUCCCCUCUUGAAACGUGCAGCAUAGGAAUGGCAUUCCAUGGUGACGUUGUGAGGUGUGACUGGUUUAAAUGUUGAUGAAGCUUUCUAAGCAAAAGUAUGAGGCUGUGUCAGAGGGAAAGACAUAUUCCAUUGUGCCUUCUGGUUCUGGCUCACAAAGAGCCAGACCUACAAGGAAUUCUGAGUUUAUAUUGAUCUCAGAAUUAAAAUAAAAAUGGAAAGGACCUUCAGUAACUCAGAUUGUUGUUGAUGGAAUACUCACAUUUCUGUGAUAGGGACGGGACAAAAUUAGUGAUGCCUGCAGCUGACUAACUUUGCUGCUAUAUUGAAGUUUAUUUUUUCUCUUUAGAAAAAACUUGGCAUAAAAUGAGAGUUUUAUAUUGUUCUUCAAGCCAUUGUGUUUAAUUGGUUGGACGUUUACUCUCAUGUGAAUAGUCAGGGUGGUGUCUACUUGGGCCUUUUUUAAUUAAUAGUUUUAUUCAUAGUUUACAGCUUUUUAUUUCAGGAGUGUGUUCUGUAUUAUAAAACAUUUAAUCUUGGCUCAAUGUUCUUUUACUUGCUUCGUAUUCCUGGAAAAAUAACCCAGGGGCCGCGGCUGAGUCUCUGGGGGCAAUGGCACUUUACACUCUCGCGGGAAAUUAAAUCACAGCAGCACUUGUUAACAAUAAACGUGCAGUACCACUUGU